ACAACAUGGCUUAUAUGUCUUCGAAGACUAACGGUGCAAUUGCUAAAUUUAACCUAUUAGCAAAAUCUAAAUCAUUUUGGAUUCCCUGUGGAUUGCAUGCAACCCACAUCACUCUAAUUAAUUUUGAAAAUUUAGCAUUUGGAAAGUUAGAUGGUACUAAAGGAUUAUCGUUAAAAGAGUACCCAUACAAUUUACUUAAUCUUGCAUUUCACCUUUAUGACGGAUAUGAUCUUUCAGAUAAAGACAGUCCACUAAAUCUAAAAUCUGAAAUAUUAUGA